AUGUACUCGUGGAGGGAAGUAAGUGCUGAAACUAUUAAAAACUGUUUCAAAAAAGCGGGAUUCUGUGAGAAUGAGAUGGCAGCUCCUGUGGAAGAAGUUGCAAGUGAUUUGCAAGAGUUUCACCAAUUAAUAGGCAGUGAUUCUGUCACUUUUGAGGACUUUGUGGCUGUGGAUGACAACGUGGCAACCACAGGAGUACAAAGUAUUGAGGAGCUGACUGCAGAGAGAAGCUUGGAGAGUAAUAGUGAAAGUGACAGUGACAAGGAAGAAGAUCCUGUGCCCGCAUAUACUAAGGCAGCUGAAGCCUUUGAAACAUUCAGGAGGUACAUGAUGGCCCAUAGACUUGAGGACAGAACAGUAGUUCAACUUGCUCAUUUGGAGCAAGAAAUGAUUGCCAUAGAGUCUAGGAGAAACAGAAAACAAGCAAGCCUGCUUGAAUAUUUAAAAAAAGUAUGUUAUUUUCAGAUUGCUUAG